UCUCGCCUCUGAGCUACUGAGAACGUCGAGCUGAAGAAGAAAGCUUGAAGCUUCCGCCAUUGCCGAUACGGCGUCGUAUUGUAGAGAAACUGACUUAGAAGUUGCAGGGACUUCAAAGAUGGAAACUAUGGUGUCCGGUUCAGAUGAACCGGAGUUGAAGCAUAGGAAUCUGGUCAUGCAGUGGAAGCAUCUUUUGGACCACAUUGACUUGCUCCAGACCCAGUUUGAAGAGCUUCAGGAACGGUUCGACUCGGAGCGGAACUCACUCCGGACCCAGCAGCAGGAGGUUGAGAAGCGCGAGGAGGAGUUGGGGGUUAAAGUUCUGAACUUUCAAUCGGAAUUGGAGUCCAAAGCUCAGGAAUUGUAUGAAAUCGAGAGAAUGGCGAAAGAGAAAAGAAGGGAGGUUGGUGGUAAGGAGAAAUGGUUGUUGGAAAUUGAGGAGUUGGUUAGGGGAAAUGAGAGGGAACGUGAUUUGAUAAAAAAUGAUAUCGAAGAGCAAACGGAGAAAUUGAAUUCGGUUGUGAAAAGUUUGGAUGAGAAGUCUAGGGAGCUGAAGGUGAAGAAGGAGGUCGCUGAAGUGAACGGAAGGCGAUUAAAUGCGAUGAAGGGGUCUAUUGAUGAGACCGUGAAAGAUUUGGUUUCGAAACAAGAGCAGGUUAAAGCGGUGCAGAAAUCUCUCGAAGAAUGUCACAAGGAGAUUCAAUCGAAAAAGGUGUUACUUGGUGGCCUUGAGAAAUCGAUUAGGGAAUGUUACAGUACACUCGAAUCUAAAGAGAAAACCAUCAGGGCAAUGGAGUUGAAACAAAAACAAUUUGAGUUGGUGGUUCAAGAGUGCCAAAAGCAUUUGGAUUCAAAAGAAAAGUUGUUGCUAGAAGGUUGCCAUGGACUCGAAAUGAAGGAGAGGCAACUUGAAGAACAGGUCAGAGUGCUUGAAUCGAAACAAAAACAAUUUGAGUUGAUGGUUCAAGAGCGCCAAAAGCAUUUUGAUUCAAAAGAAAAUUUGUUGCAAGAAGGUUUCCAUGGACUCGAAAUGAAAGAAGGGCGACUUGAAGAACAGGUCAGAGAACUUGAAUCGAAACAAAAACAAUUUGAUUUGACGAUUCAAGAACGCCGACAAAUUUUGGAUUCACAAGAGAAGUUGUUACAAGAAGGUUCCCUUGGAGUUAAAACGAAAGAGAGGCAGCUUGAAGAACAGGUCAGAGAGCUCGAAUCAAAACAAAAACAAUUUGAGUUGCUGCAAAAAUCCAAGGAAGACAUCCAAAAUCUGAAAUCCAAGGAGAAGAAUAAUUGUUCCUGGGAUGGCAGAUGCUUGCAGUUGCUCAUGAAUGAGCACUGGACGAGAACCGAUUUUGUAUGUAGUGAAAUUGCAGCUGUUCUUCAGGCAUCAUCUGACCCAGCAAAGCUCGUUUUGGAUGCAAUGCAAGGGUUUUACCCUUCAAAUCGGACCUUGGACACCACUGAGUUUGUCUAUGAUUUGACAGUUAUUAGGAGGAGUUGUAUUCUUUUGUUACAGCAGUUGAAGAGAUUCUCACUACAAAUCAUUCCUCAGGUGAGAAAAGAAGCAAGGGCUUUGGCGGCUGAAUGGAAGGCUAAGAUGACUGUGGCAACCGAGAAUGGAUUGGAGAUUUUGGGUUUUCUGGAGCUUGUUUCUGUGUAUGAAAUCACAACUGUUUAUGAUUCGAAGGAGCUUCAGAGUUUUCUUGGUAUAGUGGCUCAGCACGAGCAAGGAACUGAGCUAUGCCAGGCCCUUGGUAUCACAGAUAGGGCACCUGCAGGUAACAGCGUUUAUUUGCCUAUCAAAAUUGAGGAACCAGAAUUUUCACCUGUUAUAAAUGUAGCAAUUUUAUCUUCUCUGGAUUUUCAACCGAAUGCAAACACAGAUGCAAGGAAUCUGCAGGGCUCUACAAAUGAGCAUUUAAGUGAGAACGAGUCAGUACAGACCAAAAUGCUUUUUAAUCUACAAAUGUCAAUGGACCCAGGAGAAGUUGUUUUGAAGUUGAUAAAAGAAUCUUUGGCUCAGUGCUGGAGAAAAGGAGAUGUUGGUUGUGAAUCUGCUGUCAUGGAGGAUAGCAUUUCCCUGUUGAAUGAUCUAAUGGAUGUCUCCAUGCCUAUUGGACCAAAUGUGAUAAAAAAUGCAAAAGAGCUAGCAGUCCAGUGGAAAGCAAAAAUGAGAGUUGAUUCUGAAAAUUCAAUGGAGAUUUUGGGGUUUUUGCAGUUUAUAGUUACAUAUGGAUUGGUUUCUACCUUUAGCAGAGAUGAGAUUGUAAAGCUUCUUGGGACGAUUUGUCAGCAUAAAAAGGCCUUGGAAUCAUGCCAGGAAAUUGGUUUUGCAGAUAUGAUCCCUGAUUUUGUUCAGGAUUUUAUUGAAAGGAAGCAACUGAUUGAAGCUGUCAGCUUGAUUUGCACCUUCAAGUUAACUGACAGGUUCCCGCCGGUGUUACUCUUAAAAGAAUACGUGGAAGUUGCAGGGAAGUCUUACUGCACAAAAUGGCUGGUAAAAAGAUCACUUGAUGAAAAGAAUGAGGUGCUAGACGACCACAUAGCUGGUCUGAAGGCUGCGAUUCAAUGUAUCAAGGACAACAACCUCGAGCCAGAAUUCCCAUACAAGGACAUAGAAAAAGAGAUAGUGAAGCUGGAAAAGCAUAAGCUGAAUUGGAGAUGCUCGGUUCCACUUGCUGCCUUCAAGGUUCAACGAGAGCCCGAGAAAGGGAAGAAACCUGAUACCACCCGUGUAUCCUUCAAGAUCAAACCGCCAGAACAGCGUAACAGUACGCGCCUCAAACGGGUGGCCUGA